AUCCAUCCGCAGACAUGCUGACCUCACUCCACAUCUUUUUUUUGUUCAUGGUCUUCAGUCAGUUCGUUCUGGGGAUUUGGGGGAAUGGCUUUCUUGGGCUCAUCCAUUGCAUCCACUGGAUCAAGAGGAGCAAGAUUUCCUUACCUGAUUUCAUCAUUAUGAAUCUAGCCUUCUCCAGGAUCUUCCUGCAAUGUGUGGUCAUUUUUGAUGCCACUACUUUGGUGCUGUAUCCUGAUUUCUAUUAUGGAGAAACAUUCAUUGAAAUUCGUGAAGCUGGCUGGAUGCUUAGUAACUUUUUAAGCAUCUGGCUGUCCACCUGCCUCAGUGUCCUCUACUGCCUGAAGAUUGCCAAUUUCUCCCAUCCCGCCUUCCUCUGGCUUAAGGGGAGGAUUUCCCAGGUGGUUGCCUGCCUUCUGCUGGGCUGUGGGCUCUUCUUUUUCUUCAGUACAGUGUUACUGAUUCGAAAAUUCAAUAUGUAUUCUAGACUCCGAAAAGUGAUGAUCAUUACAAACUAUACUGAAAGUGUCAGAAAGAAGGAAAGAGAAUUAUCUGUCACCCAUCUUAUUGGUUUCUUGUGGACAGUGAUACCUUUCCUUAUAUCCCUGUUCUCCUGUCUCUUAGUCAUCCUCUCCCUGAGGAGGCAUACCAAGAUGAUGCGACACCAUGUCACUGCUCCCAGAGAUGUGAGCACUAAGUCCCAUGUGAGAGCCACUGUUGUAAUGGUUUUCUUCCUCUUACUCUUUGUCUUUUAUUUUGUCAUUGUCUUCAUUGGGAAAGCAAGCACUUUCCUGCCAGAUGCCAAGGUGAUAUUAAUGAUUACAUUGUGGGCAGCCCCUCUCUUUCCCUCUGUGCACACAUUAAUCCUCAUCCUGCAAAAUAAAAACCUGAAGCAAGCAUUCCUGAGGCUGCUGUGGUUGAAAAGGGCUGCAUGA